CUCGAUAAUUCACGAGUGGUUGCUGCGGUGGAUCCAACUAAUAUUAUUCCCUGCUUUCUGUUUCAGUUAUCUAUUCGAACUCUGCUCCUUCCCCGGCGAGUUAUAAAAGUUCCGCACUUUUCCCGGGUUCCACAUCUCGCUCUGUCUCUCUCGUCUUUUCCCCUCUGUUUGGUAGCUGAGAAACAGAAACCACGCUUUGAAUCGGGGUGGGAGAAAAGGGGAAAGCAAACAGCUUUUUCCCCCCUUCCGCUCAUCUCUUUGCACUCUGUUCGUUGUUCCUUUCUUUCUCCGAGAAUCUGGAAAUUUCGGAUCUUUGCCCUGUUUCCACAUCUGGGUGUGGGUCUCUGUUGAAAACGGCAAAGAAAAGCAAACAACUUUGGCCCACCUGGGUAUCUCUCUCCGUCUGAUUCUGCCGGCAUCUGGGAUAAAUUAGCUGUUAUCCACAUAUGGAAUGGACGGUAGAUCAAGCUACUUGACGCUGGGGGAGAAGCUCUGCUCCGUUCUUUUCCCUCUGAUAGGAAUCUGCGAGGCUGUGAUUUUGGGGUUCGUCGGUUGCUGCGGCGAUCUCCGCCGGCAGCCUGAUCGGAAGUUCGAUUACUCCUUCACCGACUUCGUCGAAAUCUCAAGAAACUCCCCAUUUACCGUCAAUGAAGUGGAGGCUUUGUUCGAAUUGUUCAAGAAAGUCAGCUGUUCUAUAAUUGAUGAUGGGCUUAUCCACAAGGAAGAGCUCCAAUUGGCGCUAUUGAAAACUCCAGCAGGCAAAAAUCUCUUCCUCGACCGGGUGUUCGAUCUUUUUGACGAGAAGAGAAAUGGUGUUAUCGACUUUGAGGAAUUCAUCCAUGCGAUCAGCGUGUUCCAUCCUGGUGCUUCGGUGGAAGAAAAGAUCAAUUUUGCGUUCAGGUUAUACGAUUUGAGACAAACUGGAUUCAUUGAGAGGGAAGAAGUCAGGCAAAUGCUGAAUGCUUUCCUUUUGGAGUCUGAAGUACAUGUCUCCGAGGCCAUUCUCGAGGCUAUCAUUGAUAAGACAUUUGAGGAUGCGGAUGCUGAUAUGGAUGGGAAGAUCAACAAGACAGAAUGGAAAGAAUUCGUUCUCAAGAAUCCAGCACUCCUCAAAAACAUGACUCUUCCUUACUUGAGAGAGAUCACAACUGUGUUCCCAAGUUUUAUCUUCAACACGCAAGUUGAUGACUGAAGAAUCUAGCUACUGCGCGUGAAGAAGCUAGCUACUCCCCUCAUGGAGCUUGGAAACAAGCACUUUCGAUCCGCCAUUGAAGAGCAGCAGAGCAGCUGAGUAAAGAGGCAGAAGGAUGAGGCACUGCUUUAACUGGGCGGAGCAGAGUUGGGGACUGAUUUGAUCCAUCUGUGCAUCCAUUGAUUCAUUGCAUCUGACUCCCCCAAUUCUAUUCAUUGAUGAAUUUUUGCAUGUCGCAUGUAAUGCAAAGUGUAUCUCCUGCUCACAUUUGUUUAUAAUGAUGAAUCAAGCGGCACGAUGAUAGGUUUACAA